CAACACGACCGUUGAAUUUGAAUUUCAAAGUUCUUCAAAUUGAUAUUCAACAGUCAAGAUACCCAAGAUCGAGAAAGAAACCUAAAACCCCUUCGAGAAAUCCAUGAAAACAUUCACGCUUCUUUCUCCGUCAUCUUCAUCGAAAUCCGACGAUGAUCACCGGUCGGAAUCUCAAAUCAGUAGUUAUUUCCCCGGAUGCAGAAAGGACGCCACAUGUAAAUGCGAUAUGUGCUUGGCCAGCAUCAGCGCCACACUUGAUAUCAAGAGUACUCAUAAAAGAAACCUUACGAAGCUUCCCACCUCAAAAAAACCUAAUCUGUUAAGCCCUAUUCCGUUCAAUCCAUCUCUUCUAUCGUCACCCAGGUCAGUUUCCACGAAAUUGAUGGUGCCUCCACCUCUUGAUAGCUUUCGCGAUAGCAUUAAGAAGAACAAGAGAGAUUUUCGUUUCGGGGUUUUUAUGAUGAGGACCGUUCUCGUUCUGGGUUUGGUUUUAUCGGCGGAAUUUGGGUUUUCUCCAAUGGUUUCUAGGUUUUUCAGGCCGACAUUUUCACCUGAUUUGGUUAGAGAUUCUGGUGAAAGAUCCUCCUUUUAUCUUACCAUCGACAAGAAAUUAGGAUUUUUGAAGAGAGAUCUCGGAAAUCUGGUGAAGGGUAAUGUCUUUGAUUGCAGACGUAAUGACUCUGUUUGGAGAAUUAGUCAGGAUGAUUUAAUAUUGAACUCGAGAUGUGUCUUGUAUAAAUCUGCAAUGGAGGAGGUGAACAUUUGGGGAUGGCCAUUACAGACAGCUGGAUUACUGACAGCUGAAUUCUCUUCUCGAUCCUUCACUAUUUUAUCCGGGCGGGUUACACAGUGGAGUGAUGGGAAGAUGAUACACUACAUUAGGAGAGCAAACAGUUCAUGGGUACAAGAGAAAUGGAGUGCAUCAGCUGUUCAGCUUGAUCCAGGUACUUGGAUUCUCGAGCAUCGACAGAGCGCGGUUAUGGAGAAUCCCAAGUUGAUCUCAACUUUGGUGCAGUUCAUGAGCAAUAAGUUGUUGAAAACUGUUAAGGCUUUUAAGAAAAACUUUUGGCUUUCAGCAACAGGUAUCAAUCGUUUUGGAGAAGAUGUAAUCAUCCCUACAUGAAAUUCUGAUGUUAUCUCAUGACUUAUGAGAGGAAAACAUAUGUUUCUUUGCCACAAAAAAUUGUAGUUGUUGUAGAGAUGACAAUGAGAUUGAUUGUUUUUUCUGACCAUGGAGGGAAGCCUUUCUCAACAUUACUAAGUUAAGAGCUUUAUUGGUCUCAGUUCUUAA